CUUCAAAUAAUCACAAAGGCGCCACGUACGAGAUCCAGUACACUCUGCUCUGCUCCAAGCAAAGCAAGGAACCAAAUCCAGUUUUCUCACCAUUCACGUAUUCCUUUAUUCCUUUCUUAAUUCACCCUACUAACACUGUACCUUUCCCUAACUCAAAAAACACUAUUAUUUUCCCUUUAAUUACUCUCUUUUGCUAAACAAGAAUUACAAACAGUGUGAAAUGGAAGCGUCCGAGUCCAGUUCAGACAACCAGUUCAUCAUGCUCCAUGGUGACCUAGACCUGAAAAUCGUCGAAGCCCAACACUUACCCAACUUGUCCCUCAUCGAUGUUCGUCAGCUCCGCCGUUGCUUCACCGCCCGUGACAGUUACACUAUCGAAACCCGUCAACACAAACCCAAAGUCCAAUUCUGCAACCCUUACGUCGAAGUUUUAGUCUCAAAUGUCACAGUGGCUAGCACGCGCGUCAUCAAGAACACCACCAACCCUAAAUGGAACCAGUACUUCCAUAUCCCACUGGCACACCCAGUAAAUAAAUUAACAUUCCAUGUCAAAGACGACGACAUCUUCGGCGCCGAGAUAAUCGGCACCGUCCAUAUCCCGGCUUCGAAGAUCGCCACAGGCGAAUUCAUCUCCAACGAUUUCGACAUCCUCAGCUCCUCCAAAAAACCACUGACACUAAACUCGAAGAUUCAUCUCGUACUACAGUUCACGUCGUUUGAUAAAAAUCCAAGGUACGAGCAUGGCAUUGCGUCGGACAAAGGCGGCGGCGGCGUAGCACGCUCGUACUUCCCGCUGAGAAAAGGAGGCUCCGUGAGGUUGUACCAAGACGCGCACGUGCCGGACGGGUUGUUGCCGGAGAUUGAAUUGGAUGGUGGUAAGGUUUUCAAGCACGAGAAGUGUUGGGAGGACAUUUGCUCUGCGAUCUCAGAGGCUCACCAUUUGAUUUACAUUGUUGGGUGGUCGGUUUUUCACAAGGUGAAGCUGGUGAGAGAGCAGACUCGGCCACCGCUACUUGGUGGAGAUUCGACGCUCGGUGAGUUGCUCAAGUUCAAGUCCGAAGAGGGAGUGAGGGUUUUGAUGUUGGUUUGGGAUGAUAAGACCUCUGGCGAUAGCUUCUUCAAGACUGGAAUGAUGCAGACACACGAUGAAGAGACCAGGAAGUUUUUCAAGCAUUCAUCCGUCACUUGUGUGUUGACACCUCGCAAUGCUAGCAGUAAGCUGGGCUAUAUCAAGCAGAAGGUUGUUGGAACCGUUUUUACACACCAUCAAAAAUGUGUUCUAGUGGACACGCAGGCAUUAGGUAGUAAUCGUAAGAUAACUGCAUUUUUAGGAGGGAUUGAUCUUUGUGACGGUCGAUAUGAUACACCAGACCACCGUCUAUUUCGAGAUCUUGACACUGUAUUCCAAAAUGAUUAUCGCAAUCCUACAUUUCCUGCUGGAACCAAGUCUCCAAGGCAACCUUGGCAUGAUUUACACUGCAGAGUUGAGGGGCCUGCUGCAUAUGAUGUUCUUAUAAACUUUGAGCAGCUUUGGAGAAAAGCAACAAAAUGGAAGGAGCUUGGACUACGUUUCAAAAGGGUUUCCCAUUGGCAUGAUGAUGCUUUAUUAAAAAUAGAACGCGUUGCAUGGAUACUAAGUCCUGCCCCAUCUAUAAAGAAGGAUGGUUCCACAUCUAUUCAACCAGAUGAUCCCACGUUAUGGAUUUCCAGUGAAGAUGAUCCUGAAAGUUGGCAUGUUCAGAUUUUUAGGUCCAUUGAUUCGGGAUCAGUGAAAGGAUUUCCCAAAACUGUUGAGAUGGUUGAAAACAAGAACCUUAUUUGUUCGAAAAAAUUGGUAAUAGAUAAAAGCAUUCAAACAGGAUACAUCCAGGCAAUCAGAUCUGCUCAACAUUUCAUAUAUAUUGAAAAUCAGUAUUUUUUUGGAUCGUCAUAUGCAUGGCCAUCAUAUAAAAAUGCAGGAGUUGAUAAUCUAAUCCCGAUGGAAUUGGCAUUAAAGAUAGCUAGUAAAAUUAGAGCAAAGGAGAGAUUUGCAGUGUAUAUUGUCAUACCAAUGUGGCCUGAGGGUGAUCCAACUUCUGUGGCUAUGCAAGCAAUUCUCUUUUGGCAGGGCCAAACAAUGCAAAUGAUGUAUGAUAUAGUCGCACAAGAAUUGGAUAUUAUGCAGCUUGUAGAUUCAAAUCCUCUAGAUUACCUCAAUUUCUAUUGCCUUGGUAACCGGGAAGAUAUUUAUGAGGAAAGGUUAGGUGAUAAUGCUGAUAAGGUCUCGGAUACACAAAAAUUUAAGCGGUUUAUGAUUUAUGUACAUGCCAAGGGAAUGAUAGUAGAUGACGAAUAUGUAAUAGCGGGAUCUGCCAAUAUAAACGAGAGAUCCAUGGCUGGUACAAAGGACACAGAGAUAGCUAUGGGUGCAUAUCAACCCCACCAUUCUUGGGCAUCAAGGAAGAAACAUCCGCGUGGUCAGGUGUAUGGAUACAGAAUGUCAUUGUGGGCUGAGCACCUUGGGAAGGUGGAUACCUACUUUGAGGAGCCAGAGAGUUUGGAGUGUGUGAACACAGUGAAUGGGAUUGCUAAAGAGAACUGGAAGAGGUAUACAGAUAAGGAUUUUACACCAUUGCAAGGCCAUCUUCUUAAGUAUCCUGUGCAGGUAAAUAAGGAUGGGAAGGUCAGCCCCUUGCCUGGACAAGAGAAUUUCCCAGAUGUUGGUGGAAAAGUACUGGGAGUUCAUUCAGUCACCCUUCCUGAUACUCUAACAACAUAGUCUUCACCCAUUGUUGUGUUCUUACAUGAUUGGUUAGGAAGCAUGGUGGACAUGCCAAAAUUUUGAGGUUGUUAAACUGAAGGUGUUAAAGAGUUUGUGCUCCUAGCUCUCUGCCCCCUUUUGUAAAUGAUUGGGCUACAAUAGGCUUUUAGUGUAAUACAAAUGCGUGAACAUAGUGAGAAGGUUGACUUGUUGUGAAUAUUUGUUCAUAUACAGAUGCUUGGUUUCCAUCUUGCCACUUGGAGAGGUCACUACAAUUACAAUUCAAAAGAAAUGCAACCUAUUCCUGUU